AUGGAGAAAGACUUCAACAUUUUUCUCUUAAUAGCAUUCAUGUUGUUUCACUUGGUUGUGGAUAGUUUAUCCAUGACUAAAACCAACAUUACCACUGAUCAAUCAGCGCUUCUUUCGUUGAAAGCGCAAAUCAGUUUAGACCCCUCUCACUUGUUGAUUGAAAGUUGGUCUCCGGCAACUUCUGUUUGUCGUUGGGUUGGAGUCACUUGUCGUUCUUGCCACCAUAGAGUCACGUCAUUGAAUAUUUCCAACAUGAAUCUUACAGGCAGAAUUCCUCCUGAUUUAGGAAAUCUUACAUUUCUUAUUUCGCUUGACCUGAGCCGCAACAACUUCUAUGGCAGUUUGCCUCAAGAAAUGACACGUCUGCAUCGGUUAAGGUUUGUUGUACUUGGUUUUAACAUCUUCAGUGGGAAGCUUCCGUCCUGGUUCGGGGUAUUACAUCAACUUCAGAUUUUGACACUAGGAAAUAAUAGUUUCAGUGGUUCCAUUCCCUCUUUAUUUUCUAAUAUUUCCGCGCUUCAAACUUUAGAUUUGUCAUAUAAUUCCAUAGACGACAAGAUCCCAGAAGAGAUUGGAAAUCUUCAAAAUCUAAUGGUUCCAUACCGUUCUCGAUCUUCAACAUUUCUGGAAUCGAAGUCAUUGCAUUUACAAGUAAUACAAUUGUCUUCCGAUGUUGAAAGCGCUUCACUUAAGUCUCAACGAGCUACAUGGUCAAACUGUGAAAUACCGGAAGAGGUAGGCAAUCUCAUUGAGUUGUAUGAACUUUAUCUUGGUUUGAACAAGUUUACUGGUUCAAUUCCUAUGGAGAUCUUCAACAUAUCAGCGAUGAGAACGAUUGAGCUUAUGGAUAAUAAUAAUCUAACAGGAAACCUUCCAUUAAACAUAGGUUCUACGUUACCCAACAUCGAAAGUCUUUCUCUGAGUGACAUAAAUAUUUUUGGGACUAUACCUCGUUCUCUCUCCGAUUGUUCCAAACUCGGAAUUCUAGACCUCGGUGGAAACAGACUCACCGGCAUGAUUCCGACCUCUCUUGGAUAUUUGACUCAUCUGGAGUACCUAAUCUUGGAGGUUAACCAACUAUUGACUUCCUUAUCAAAUUGUAGAGAUUUAAAAGUUCUUUCUCUAUCUUGGAACCCUCUGAAUGUUAUGCUUCCGCUAUCGUUAGGGAACCUUUCUAGUACAUCUCUUCAAAUGUUUAGAGCUCGUGAUUGUGGUAUUAAAGGGGAAAUUCCAAAAGAAAUCGGGAACUUAGAAAGCUUAAUGGACCUUGAUCUUUCCGGAAAUAAUAUAAUAGGAUCAAUUCCUACAACUAUUAGCAACUUGAGAUUCCUUCAGCACUUUAACUUGAGGCGCAACAAACUCACUGGAUUCAUCGGAGAUGAUCUAUGUAAAUUGCAGAAGAACUUGGUCUAUUUACACUUGGCUAAAAAUCAACUUUCGGGAUCUCUUUCUAAUUGUUUGGGGAACUUAACUUACCUUCAGGAGAUAUUUUUAGGUUCCAACAAAUUGCAUUCGAGCAUACCAGCAAGUUUAAGGAACCUCAAAAUUCUCUUGACGUUAGACUUAUCCUCAAACAACUUGGGUGGCUCCAUACCUUCGGAAAUUGGAAAUAUAAAGGCUGUGAUAUAUAUAGAUCUAUCAAUGAAUAGAUUCUCAAAUGGAAUUCCUGGAGAAAUCGCUGGCUUGCAGAAUCUAGUACAUCUUUCAUUUGAGAGACAACGAACUACGAGGAUCAAUACCUGGCUCAGUUAG